UGAAACAGGUGAGAACACAGCAUCGUAGAUUGUUUACUCAGUCACGCAAUGAUUUUUCAAAAAUUGAAGCCGAAAUGAACGAUGAAGAAAAAUUGUUGAAGUUAAGAAUUAUAUCAUAAAAAGAAUAGUAUAUAUUUCUGUAUCUAUAUAAUUCGGAAAACAACAAUAAAGAAUCAUCGGAAUUACUUGAAACAGUAUCAUUUGGGCUGAUUGAAAUAACAUUUAUCGUUUUCUUGACCAUAUUUUAAAACAUAAAAUGUUAGAAAAAAAAUAAAAACGAUGUGCACAGUGCUUGCAGUCAAAACUCCAAAAGAUAAAACAGAAGGAAAUGCAGAGAAGAAAUCUUUUUUCCAUAUAGACAAAGAAAUGCUUAGGUUCAAAAUCCAUUUCUUCUUAUUUAUCGGAGGUACAGCCUCAGUAAACCCAUUCAUCCCAGUUGUUGCAAAGAACAGACUCGGUCUUUCUGCAACUUCUCUAGCUGCUGUCUUGGCUGCUAAGCAAUUAAUUACAAUUGCUUCAAAGCCAAUAAUUGGUUACAUUGCCGAUUACUUCAACAGGCUCAAACUGAUGAUUAAUACACUGCUCAUUUUGCAAAUAGUUUUCCUGUUUUUAAUUCUCGCCGUUCCUCCCAUCAAAAAACCCUCCAACUCAUCACAAGAAUUAACAUUAUACGAUCAAAUAGAAAACUCCAAGAAAUUGUCCGAAUCAGUGAUUCUCUCCACCCGGUAUCACCCUAACAGCAAAACUUCAUCCGUUGAAAUUACUUCUCCAAACUCUCCAGAGAAAGAUGGAGACUUGUGGAAUGAAGAUAACAGCCCAUUCUCAGAAAUUAUAAGUGUACAACAAAUUAAUUACACUGCAAUGAUCUGCUUUCAGAAAAAACUUGACGCAGAAAUAAGCAAUUUCUACCUUGAAUCUGAAUUAAAUUGCAGCUGUUUAGUUUAUUCUUUUAGUGCAGACAACUUAAAUGAACAUUUUCAACAGUAUAACAAAAAGUUGUAUUUUCGUUUACAAUCAUUAGAUUCUAACUAUUCUGAUUAUCAGACAAACAAGACUUUUCCUUGCACAAUUAUGCUGACAAAAGAUAACGAUAAUUCUACAAUUUCAACAAUAAAUGAUUUUCACACUUUCGAAUUUUGGAUAUUUGCUGCUUUUUACAUUCUUGCUGGUAUAUGUACCAGUUCAGUUUUUACACUUUCUGAUACAGCUUGCUGUGAGAGUGUGCAGAAGUUGGGGGGAGAAUUCGGGAGACAAAGAUUGUUUGGCGCAGUUGGAUGGGGGGCAUUGGCAGCUAUAAGCGGAUACUUAUGUGACCUAACUGGUAACUUUUACGCAUCUUGGACGUUUAUGGCAGUACUGCAAAUACUGGCUUUGUGGAAUGUUUCACAAUUAUAUCUUACUAAACCACAUUUUUCUCAGAAUCUUCUAAAAGACGUUGGUAGAGUACUAAAGUCGGUAGAAUUCGUUGCAUUUGAAUUUGGAGUCUUGUUCAAUGGAAUAAGUGCAGGUUUACUGUGGUCUUACUUAAUAUGGUUUGUUUCAAGCUUAGGAGCCAGUAAAUUCCUCUGUGGAUUGACACAGUACGUUGAAUGCUUUCUUGGUGAGAUACCUUUCAUGUUUUUUUCAGGAUGGUUCAUAAAGAAAUUGGGACAUUUUAAUCUCCUUUCUCUUUCCCUCAUAUCGUAUGCUUUGCGCUUUUUAUGGUACAGUUAUCUGCAAAAUCCAUGGCUUGUUCUUCCUGCUGAAAUUACGCAUGGUUUUACUUAUGGAACUCUUUUUCCUGCAAUUGCCUCGUAUGGAAAAAUGAAAGCAAAACCUGGAACAGAAGCAACAACACAAUCAAUUCUGUUUACGACACAUGGAGGCUUAGGUGCAGGUCUUGGAUGCAUUUUGGCAGGCAUUUGCUUUGAUAAAAUAGGACCUCAUCAAACUUUCUUCUACUUCAGCAUAAUGUGUUCUUGCGCUUCCGUCCUUAAUAUUGUGCACACCUUCUUAUUCAAGUGUCACAACACUGAUAAACUUAGUUUGUCAUCAGGUUCAAUUGCUAAGUGAUUUAUAUCAGUGUCUCUGCUUAGCAAGCGUCUGACGUGUGGUUUAACAUUUUGAUCAAUGAAUAAAACAAUAAUCUUCAAAACUUGAA